AGCGCGGGCCCCUCCCGGAGCGCGGGCACGGCGCGGCCCGGCCGCAGGGCAAACAGACUGGUUGGGAAGGUAUGAAGGCUGCAGUUUAUGGACUAUGUGGUACAGGGGCCUGUCAUCUUCUCAUGGCCAUGUGAUUCAGCAUCCUCCUGGCUGUGAGGUCAGUUUGUAGCUUGGCAUCAGCACACUUGGCUGGCUGGCAGCUCCAGUCUCACAGGAUCCAGAGAGACGUUCUGCCACUUGAAGCCUCUGGCAUUGAAACAUCAACUUGUUAACGUACUCUUCAUCCCCAUGAGACCGGGACCAUAGCCUACUUGGUCAGUGGGUGUUAGAUCUUCCCUCUGAAGACAAAUUGAGUUGGUCACUUCCUACCACUAUGGGUUGGAGUUGGUGACUGUGUUUGCCCACCACAUCCAAGUUAAUGGUGUGCCAAGGAUAGAUGUGAAGCAGGUCUUUGGGUCCAUAUUGAUGUGGUAUCUUCUUAACUCAUCGCGCCGCCUUGAGCCCACAGCAGCCCAGGACAUGGAGGCUCUUGAAGUGGAUGACAUUAGCCCUGCCUUGGAAGUGACUGAAGACUUUUUCAAUAGUUUUGAUACUAAGCUUGAAAAGAUUGUGCAGCCUUCUGAGGUGUAUGGUGUACAGGAGGUCCCAGAACUGGUUGGGCAUGAGGUAUUCGAUCAGAUAACAGAGAGCAGGAACCUGAGGAACGUCGCCUCCUUAGCCAAAAGUAGCCUCAUCUGGGAUCACUGCAAAAAUGGCCUCUUGGAAACCAAAGCUCAGACAGUGUUCCCUGCCAAAGACCAGUGCAUGGUGCAGAGGGGAACAGCUGCUGACAACCUUGCUUGGGCAGGGGAAGGGGACACCACAGCUUUUAAUAUCUUCAAGAUCUGCCAGCGGCGGAGAGACAGGCCUCGCUCAGUGAAUGACAUCCUGGUGCAGAAUGAGGAAGCCUCCAUGUUCAAACCAGGUCACAACAGGUCGCGCUCUGACAUCAGCCACGUGAACUGGAGAGUGGUCUUCACAGGCACCUCCCUGCAGCAGCCACCUGCACCUGGGCAGGACAAUAACUGUGCUCUGCUUUCCUACCUGGCACUAACCAACGGAGGGGAUAUCCAAGGAAACACAGAACACAAGACAGUGUUCUCAAAUCUUCUGAAGAAGGGAUACUUGGAAGUCAGAAGAGACAAUGACAGCUACUGGCAAACCUGUUACGCUGAACUCUCUCAGUACAAACUGUACCUGUAUUGCCUGGACAGCAGCGGCAACCAGACCCUUCCCACCGUGUACCCACUCAUGCGUUUUCAAAGGGUCGCUGUCACUGGUGGCAUGGAAACCAAGGUGGUGGACACUGUCCUGUCAGACAGCUCACAGCUACAGCUCAAGGCAGAGUCCUCCUGGGAGACUUUGGACUGGGGACAGAAACUUUGGGAAGCGGUGCAUGCUUCUGGGCCGGCUUUUACAAGACAGCAGGAGAAACUGGAGAAUGUGCCAAAGCCUGAAAAUAACAGCGACCUUUCUCAAACUAAUGGGGUGUUAGAGAAGCCUAUGGAACUCUUCCUAUCCAUGAAUUUGACUGAAAACACUAAAGAGUACCAAAAUAUUCUGAAAUCAGGGACUCUUUACAGACUAACUGUCCAGAAUAACUGGAAGGCAUUUACUUUUGUCUUGAACAGGUCUUAUCUCAUGGCAUUCCAGCCUGGUAGGCUUGAUGAAGAUCCCCUGCUGAGCUACAACGUGGAUGUGUGCCUGUCGGUGCAGACAGAUACUCAGGAUGGCUGUGACUCUUGCUUUCAGGUCAUUUUUCCCCAGGAUGUGCUGCGCCUGCGCGCAGAGACGCGGCAGCGGGCCCAGGAGUGGAUGGAGGCGCUGAAAGCAGCGGCCAAUGCUACCCGAAGUUUGACUCAGAACCCACAGGUGACACUCAGGAACAAGCCUGGAGCUCGGCCCUUUGGGAGUGACCUCCGAAAGAGCAAGCGGCAGUCUGUGACCACCAGCUUCCUGAGCAUCCUGACCACACUGUCUCUGGAGAGAGGGCUCACGGUUCAGAGCUUCAAGUGUGCAGGCUGUCAGCGCUCCAUAGGCUUGUCCAAUGGGAAAGCCAAGGUGUGCAGCUACAGUGGAUGGUAUUACUGCAGCACCUGCCAUGUGGAUGACAACUUCCUUAUCCCUGCACGGCUGGUUCAUAACUGGGACACUUCCAAAUACAAGGUUUCAAAGCAAGCCAAAGAGUUCCUGGAAUAUGUUUAUGAGGAGCCAUUAAUUGAUAUCCAGCAGGAAAAUCCCAUGUUGUACAGUCAUGCUGAACCUCUGGCAACUGUUGUCCGCCUGAGACAGCAGCUGAAAUCCCUGCGAGCCUAUUUGUUCAGCUGCAGGGCAGCAGUGGCUGAGGAUCUGCGUAGAAGGAUCUUUCCCAGAGAGUACCUUCUUCAACAAAUCCAUCUUUAUUCUCUGGCAGACCUUCAGCAGGUUAUUGAAGGAAAGCUGGCUCCUUUCUUGGGGAAGGUGAUCAAGUUUGCCACCUCUCAUGUGUAUAGCUGCAGUCUUUGUAGCCAAAAGGGUUUCAUCUGUGAGAUUUGCAACAAUGGAGAAAUCCUUUACCCCUUUGAGGACAUUUCUACAAGCAGGUGUGAAAGUUGUGGUGCUGUCUUCCACUCUGAGUGCAAAGUGAAGGCUGUACCGUGCCCCAGGUGUGUGCGUAAAGAAUUGCAGAAGAAGCAGAAAUCCUUCUGGAGGCAACUGAAUAUGGACGAGAACUUCGAAGAGUCUUGCAACAUGUUUGAAUUGUCAUAUCAGAACACAUGAGGUCCUUAAGGCAGUGGCCAGCCUGAAGAGAAUCCCUCUCCCAGCUGCCAGCUCAAGCAAAUUCUCUGCUUAGGCAGAAAUUAUUUUGAAAAAUGUUACCUGACCUCCUUCAUCUGUGAAAUAAGAGCUGCCAAAGUGGCCAUAAAGCCUUGUUGGCUUUGAAAUACCAAUGGCUAAACUGCAUUGAAGUCCAGCCUCUGCGGACUUCAAAAUACAAAAUGUGGUUUAUGAGAAAUGCUUUAGGUCUAGCUAAUUAAGUACCCAACUUUCUUUUCCACCUCUGGAGAACACUUUAUCUCAAGGCAGAAAAUAUUUGUUGCCAUGGCUGCAUUAUUUUUUAUGUUGUUCAUUUAGAGUUGAUGAAUCAUCUACUUAUUUAUGUGUAUUAUUUAUUUAUUAGUAGCCUUGGCAGGGGUUCUGGUGAGGUGUUUCACAGAACCCAAUAGAGCAGGAAUUAUUUUAAAUCCACUGUCUCCUUCUGAUAUGGACAUGUGAUUUCAUUUCCUCAUGUUUUCAGAGAACUGUCUUAAAGGAUCUCCCUCCUUAAACCUUAUUCGGGGUGCUUGCAAACAUAAGACACAGAAUAAUUCCUUCAGUUAUGUUUAUAUAUUUGUAAUCACCCCAGUGAACUACUCCAUAGUCAGAUAACCAUGGGACUUGAUGCUCUUUUUGUUCAGGCUGGAAAUACCAGUUAAGCUCUGUCUGAAGUACUUUGAGAUUUGUGCUGGUUACUCUCGAUUCAUGGGAGGCUGUGUCCUUGUCUGUAAUAGCAUGAUGUUGGUUCUCCUACUUCCAGUCUGAAACUUCAGGGCAUUUUAAGUGUUCACGUUGGUUUUCUGUUCAUUUCCUGAAGUUUACUUCAAAUGUUUUUCUAAUCUGAACCUGUUAAACUGAUAGUCAGGAAAGUGAUCUUGCCCAUUUUAGUUAGCAAAUACCUCCAAAAUUGUGAAACACUACUUUGCUGUUUUCACAUGCAACUUGUGUCCUGCAUUCUCUCUGAGCUCCGAGGCAUUUAGUGUUCCAUAAUGACUUCCAUGGUGGACAGUGAAGUUCCUUGAAGUAUGAUUCUGCUUCACACACCUGGAACACAGGGAAGUAUAAAACACAGUGAAUUAUUUUGUAAAGGGAAGUACCUGAUGGAUUUAACUGAAGAGCUGUGUGUCCUUACUGGCAGUAUGUUUAAUUCAUGGCAAGUUCACUUCCAAUGAGCAGUUAGAUUUCUUCUCCCUAUUUCACAUUCCUGACUCUUUUCCACACCCUGCAGUGAUAUGUGUAUUACAUACCUAUGAAAGCAUUCAUAUAUAUAUAUAUAUACACACACACAAUCUAUAUAUAGAAAGUAAAUAUGGUUUCAGGAGAAUAAUGCCAGUUGCAUGUGUUUUUUUCCUCUCCUCUCACAUAGGUUUGUGAAAAUAUGGAAUACUGAUUUUUGCUUCGUAUAUAAUCUACAGACUGUUGUAUUCAAGGCAGAAAGCAGCUUUGAUUGUGGAAGCAUCUCGCUAAUUGCAGAAGUAUUUUUAAAUGAAAGAACAGGGUACAUCAUGCUUACAUUAAAAGGUAAAAUGCUGCAAUGAGUUGCCUUGUACUGGAAUAGAAGUGGUUACCUUUUCCAGCCUCCAGUCAAAGAAAAAAGUAGCUUUCUCAAAUUUGAGUGCAACUACUAUAUAUAUAUAUAUAUAUAUAUACAUAUAUAUAUAUAUAUAUAUACAUAUAUAUAUAUAUAUAUAUACAUAUAUAUAUAUAUAAAAGCAUGUUUAUAUCUCUAUACAUUAGACAACCAGUGCCUUUCUUUUGCAGAAAUCCUUCUUUCAUUGGGAUUCUUUAGAAGGAAGUGAGGAUUUUUUCAUGUUCUUGGCAAAGUGCUGUAGGGAUUCCCAUAUUUAAUAAACCUGGUGAAUCAUGCACCUUUGUCACUAAAAUUAAUACUUCCCAUACACAAUGGUGUCUCUGUCUCAGCUCACUGUUCCUCAUGUGAAAUGAGUUGCUUUUGGCUAUCACCCUUAAAGGUAUAAUGUUCCUUGCAAAUCCAUUCCCAUGCAAAGAAUUCCCUGUGUGUUCAGAAAUGCAAACACUGGGGAAGUAUUGUGGAAUUAGUCAGGCAAACAGGAACUGCACUGGUACUGGCUGAAUAAACAGAACACUCCCAUGUUUUUCAGCUUGUGUCACUACAAUUACUGCUGUGGCAAAGCAAGUAGCUCUGAAACUGUCAGCAUCUGUCAGGUACUAUUUUGAAUUAUCUGUAGACAUAAUGUUAGGUCAUUAAAGAAAAAAUGGUGGUGUUUUACAUAUCAUCAUGCUCUGGUAUUUAUAAUACCUCACAGUGCUUGUUCAUGUCCAGCUCAGUUUGGAGAAGGCUGCUUGAGUGCACUGUCAAAAACCGUG